AUGUUACUUCCAGUCUCAAUCAUCUGUGCUAGUAACGCUCAGAACGCCAGACUACUGCAAGCACCGCAGAACAACGGCCAUGGCUGGGACAUCCGACUGGCCGUGCCUGGUCAACCCGGUAACGACUACCCAACUUUAGCUACUAUACCACGCACCAGCUUCUCUUGCGCCGGAAGGGAACCCGGUUAUUACGCUGAUAUAGACACAAAUUGUCAAGUCUUCAGAGUUUGUACAGUUGGAGCUACUUAUGGAUUUCAAUCAUUUCUGUGUCCCAACGGCACUUUAUUUAAUCAAGCGGUUUUUGUUUGUGACUGGUGGAUGAAUGUUAACUGCAAAAACUCUGAUGAAGUACUUAGAAAUAAAAACGAACAAUUCGAGAACUUAAAAUUAGGAACACAAUUAAUGAAGGAUAUAAAGAACAUAUUAACACAUCCUGUUCGUAAUCCCUUCAACACGAAUACAAUGAAAAGCAAAUUACUUGUGAUGCAAAGUUACAAACCGCCUUCAGGACAACUAUUCCCGAAUGGCGCCUUGCUUGCUCCACCUGAGAGAGCACCGAGUCAUAUUUAUAUUCCAACAAAGGCAAUUCAGAUAGCAUUACGACAGAAUGAGUAUAGGCCACCUACAGAAUCAUUUGCUGCCUCAACAUCUAAUCCACAGUACAUUCCUCCCACUUUUAGUACUUUGUCACCGACAACUGUGAGAAAUGUCGAAAUAUUACAGCGUCAAGUAUUAAAUACUCAAAACAUACAAAACACAAAUUCUCAAAGUAAUUCCAGUGAACAAAUCAUUUCCAAUGGUCAUGCGGGUCAAGUACAGACACAGAACAGAUAUUCCCAAAGUAUGACUAAUUUUAAAAAUGACCAAACAAAUCGUCAACUCCAAAAAUAUAACAAUUUUAGAAAUAGCCAACGUGCUCAAUCUAACACUGAAUUCAAUUCUGUACAAACGAGGAAUAGCCACAAUACGAUACAAGCUGCCCGAACAUUUGGAAAUAAUGCUUAUCAACUUAGAAAUAAAGAUAAAAAGAAUAACAGUAAUAACGUGAAGCCAUUAAAUCCAGUUAAACAACAAUAUACUUACGAAACAUCUAGACAACCAUCUGCACAAAUUAACCAGACUCAAACAAGUGAAAAAAUGAAGCAGAGCUUGGCUCUAGUAUUUUCACUGCUGACAGACUCCAUCAACAAAGCAAAUAAAUAUAACAAUGUAAUUCAAGACAAUGUGCAAUCGCUAACAACGUCACCACCACCUCAAUUCCAAGGAGUGAACAACGAGGAAUUUGGACGCAUUACAAACACCAUUUCUCAGCUGACAGCUUCUCAAUUCACGAACAACAACAACAAAACUCUUGACUACAAUAAGGCAAACAGUGCAUCAGUUUUCAAUACACCAAGUCCAUACAUAUCAAAUAAAGAUGAAAAUCUCAAUUUUUCAAAAUACAAACAAAAUCCAGCAGCUAUAAAACAAAAUGACAAACUGCAAUCAAAACCAAAUAACAAACAAUUAAAUCCCUUUAUAUCAGUCUCUGGAUCAAAUACAAACACGAAUACACCUAUAUACAGUGGACAAUUGUAUAAAUACUCUGUGCCAGAAGUGACUCGUCAAAUAAUUAACGCACCAAAUCCUGCGAAUUCGAAUAUUUUAAUUCAACCUGACAUAGACGAGGUCAAAUCGCAGCGUGUUAUAGUACCCAAAAAUAGUAUCACUAAAAGCAUUGAUACAUCUACGAAUAUUAAUGCUAAUAUCUUUAAAAGUCGAGUUGCUAUUAAUAAACCUGUGAGAUUAGAAGAAUUACCUACCGAAAAACCACAACUAAAAACACAGAACAAUGUUCUUAACACAGAAACCGGUAUAACAGCACAGCUACGAGACAAAAUUGUCGGGACAAUACCACAUCCAACAUACAAAAACAAAUUUGUUACAUAUAAAAAAGACGAAUCUUAUUAUUUAUAUUCCAAUCUUGACGAUGGCAAUUCAGUAUCAAACGAGCAAGCACCAAAGCAAAGCGUGAAACAAUAUCCUAACAACUAUCCCGAUCUUAUAACUUUUCACUUCAUUCCAUCAGGCAAUCAAAAUGAAAAAGAAUCUUUCCAAAACGAACCACAAAGUUAUCAACUUACUGAAUUAAAACCCGUAGAAAAUAACAACCGCAUAGAACUAACAGAUAACAAUAUUAAUGAUGACACUUACAGCACAGACUUGGGUUAUAAUGUUAUUCGUCCAUCACAAAAACAGAGUCAAACUAUUAACACUUUAUAUGACGGUCCUUCUUCUUAUUCAGCCCCACAGUUAUCGAUAGGUAAUUUAAUAUCAACACAAGAAGCUCAACGUAAUAACAUAAAUUCCAGAAUAGAAGGUAUAGAGGAAAAUAAUAACUUUAGCGGGUACUCGAAAGAACGCCCCGCUCGGCAGUUUACUUUCAAAUAA